CUACUCUCCACAGAUCUGUCCUCGCUCUCUCCCCUCUGCCGCCCGCCCCAUCCAAACACUCGGGCGCGCUCCGUGCUGCUCCAACUCGCCCCCCCCCCCCUUUGCCGAGCUCGCGCUUUGUUAUCUUGAAAUGUCUUCAUCCACCCUCCUUCAACAACGAGACGAUAUGGGCAAGCCUUCAGUCACCAUCUCGGCGCCAAAGUCGAGGAGUCAGUCCAGGAGUCGCCCCAACACCCGCCCCUCCUCUCCAGAUAACAACGGCAAUGGCAACUCCAAGCUCAAGACCCCGUCCAUGACUAUUGUCAUCAAGCUCGGCACCUCGUCGAUUGUCGCUGCCAAGCCGCCAUACCCCCCGCGUCUGCAGCUGCUGUCGAGUGUCGUCGAGGCAGUGGUCAAGCUGCGCGCGCUCGGACACAAGGUCGUGCUCGUGUCGUCGGGAGCCAUCGGCGUCGGACUCCGGCACAUGGGCCUCAAAGACCGUGGCAAGGGCCUCAGCCGCAAACAGGCGCUCGCCGCCAUUGGGCAGGGCCAGCUCAUUGCGUUGUGGGACAACCUUUUCGCACAACUGGACCAGCCGAUUGCCCAGAUUCUGCUCACGCGCGCGGACAUUAGCGACCGCACACGCUACCUGAACGCUCAGAACACUUUCAACGAGCUGCUGAAUAUGGGUGUGGUGCCAAUCGUCAACGAAAACGACACGGUGUCGGUUUCCGAAAUCAAGUUUGGUGACAACGACACAUUGUCAGCGAUCUCGUCCAAUAUCGUGCAUGCGGACUACUUGUUCCUCCUCACGGAUGUGGACUGCAUGUAUACGGACAAUCCGCGCGUGAAUCCGGAUGCCAAGGCGGUCCGAGUGGUGAAGGACAUUGCGGAGGUCCGGAAAGAGGUUUCGACGUCGACCCUCGGAACAUCCUUGGGAACAGGCGGCAUGUCGACGAAGAUCAUCGCAGCCGAGCUGGCGACUGCAGCAGGCGUGACGACCGUCAUCAUGAACAGUACAAAAGUGGACGACAUUUUCGGGAUCAUUGCUGGUGGUCCCGGCCCCAACCGGAACGCAGGGGACACAUCCUACUUGGAAGGCGGCCCGCUGUGCACGCGGUUCUUGCGCCACGCGAAAGCAUUGAAAGACCGCAAAUGGUGGAUAGCGCACGGCCUGCACUGCGCCGGCACCGUCGUUAUAGACGAGGGCGCGUACCGCGCGGUGGGCAGACGCGAGUCAGGCGGCCGUCUCCUCCCAGCCGGGGUGGUGCGCGUCGAAGGCCCCUUCGCAAGCCACCAGGCCGUGCGCAUCGUCGUGCGGCGCAAAAAGCGCUUCCCGCCCGCCCCGCUGCUCACGUAUCCCGAGAGCGAGGCGGUGACGCCGUCGCGCAUGUCGCCUGACGGCGGCCCGUCCUCGAUCGACACAGACCACUUCACCUCCCCGCUCGCGAAGACGGUGAUCACGGCGGCGGCCGCGAGCGUCGGCAGCGUCGCGAGCUCGCCCGACAGCGCGCCGCAGCCGGGAACGCCGCUGAUCUACCCCACCUUAUCUCUGUCGUCGUCGGUCGCGUCGCUGGACCCGCUGAGCCGGACGGCGCCGACGUCGCCGGCCAUCCGGGCCGUCACCGACCGCCUCGUCGUCACGAGCAUUACGGGCGAGCUGCUGUCGAACGACGCGGACGUCGACGCGGCCGUCGCGAGCGUCGCGGCGGCGGUGAAUCACGUAGCCGAAGACGAGUGGGAGGAGGUCGAGGUCGGCAAGGGGCUGGCGCAGUACAACUCGUCCGAGAUCGAGCGGAUCAAGGGCAUGAAGAGCCGCCAUAUCGAGACCGUGCUCGGAUACUCGGAGAGCGAGCAUGUCGUCGAGUCGAUUGCGCUGCUGUAGGCCGUGUUUCCUCCUCGGCGAUUGUACACUACAUUGGUAGAAAUCUGCAUGGACUGGCCCAAGCGUAUCGUG